UUAACCACCCAACAAUAUAUCCAUUUUCUGCUACAGCCUUUUGCAAUGUCUCGAGGUUCUCUGUCUUGUUUGAUUUUUCUGAUUACAAUUUGUCUUGUGGGGAAAACUUCAGCUGUGUUAUCCACUAUAUUCUAUAAUGAAACGUGUCCUAAAGCCCUUCGCACAAUUAGGAGUGCAGUGGAAGCUGCUGUUUCCAAAGAGCCUCGCAUGGGGGCAUCCUUGCUUCGACUCCAUUUCCAUGACUGCUUUGUUCAAGGAUGUGAUGCAUCAGUAUUGUUAGACGACACAGACAGCUUCACUGGUGAGAAGAAUUCAUUUCCGAAUGCUAACUCCCUGAGAGGUUUUGAGGUCAUUGAUGAUAUCAAAAAACAAUUGGAGAGCAUGUGCCCUGGUGUUGUCUCUUGUGCUGACAUCCUAACCGUUGCUGCUAGAGACUCUGUUUUUGCUCUUGGUGGACAAAGAUGGGAUCUGCAACUAGGAAGAAGAGAUUCAACCACAGCAAGUUUAGAUGCAUCUAAUUCAGACUUACCUGCUCCCUUUUUGGAUCUUAGUGGACUCAUCUCUGCUUAUGGCAAGAAAGGCUUCAAUGCCACAGAAAUGGUUACUUUAUCAGGAGCUCACACAAUAGGUCUAUCGAGGUGCAUUUUUUACAGAGACAGGAUUUAUAACGAGACGAACAUAGAUCCCUCAUUUGCAGCAUCAAUGCAAGUAAAUUGUUCUUUUGAUGGUGGUGAUACUGAUAACAAUGCCUCUCCUUUUGAUUCCACCACUCAAUUCAAAUUUGACAAUGCUUUCUAUCAGAACCUGUUGAACCAAAAGGGUCUGGUGCAUUCGGACCAACAACUCUAUGUGAAUGGAUCAGGAACCACAGACUCUCAAGUAACUAGCUAUAGCAAAAAUGCGGGACGUUUCUUAGAAGACUUUGCAAAUGCAAUGGUCAAGAUGAGCUUGCUUAGCCCAUUAACUGGCUCUGAUGGUCAGAUCAGGAAAAACUGCAGGGUUGUUAAUUCAUAGAUUCAUUCAUAUAUAUAUGGCUGGCUUGGCUAGCUAUUCACACAGCAUGGUGUAUUCUUUAAAUAAAUUAAAGCCAAGGUUUGUAUCUUAUAAAUUAAUGCAAUUAUAUAUUAACAUGUUAAAUUAUACAUGUUUUGUAUAAGCUAAUGCCAUGGGCAAAAUCCAUUUGUAAAAUUGAAAUACCGACGAGCUUUUCCAAUGGCGAAAGCACGGUCGCAAUCUGAUCUCAUUUGUUAUAUUAUUACCGAUAAGCCCCGCGUGAGAAAGUUGUCAUAUCAAAAAUCAGAUGGAGACAAUGAGUUGUUACGGACAACGCUUCCCUACAAGAAACAAUUUAUUAGAAUAGUGAGAAAUGUAUAUAUUAUCUUGUAAGAUCAAACCUCCAUAAUUAUAAAUCAAUACUAUAUCUA